UAUGGCCAAGACCAAAGAGCUGUCAAAGGACACCAGAAACAGAACUGUAGACCUGCACCAGGCUGGGAAGACUGAAUCUGCAAUAGAUCACACAGACGCAGAUCAGUCCAUGGAGGGACACACUCCUGUGUCUGAAAACCCUCACGCAGAGUACGGUCUGACGGAAAACAUCCAGAGGACGGUGGAGAACGAGAAGGCCGGUUCUGAGAAGAUCUCCAAGCAGAAGGUGGACCUGCAGGCGCUGCCGACCCGAGCCUACCUGGACCAGACCGUGGUCCCGAUCCUGCUCCAGGGUCUGUCGCUGCUCGCCAAGGACAGACCUCCAAACCCCAUCGAGUACUUGGCAGCGUUCCUGCUGAAGAACAAAUCCCAGUUUGAAGAGAGGAAUUGAACUGUGGAGUCAUUUCAUUCACUAGAAACUCCUGUUUGUUCCUGAACUGCUACACUUUUGUUUUUUUAUGAAUAUCCAGAAUAAACAUGUUGACAUUAAAGAGGAGCUGCUCUUU